UGACCAUCUUUCCUGUUAUUUUCAAUUUCAUCGAGCUCUCGACACUUGACUGUGAUCUCUCUCUCUCUCUUGAAGCUCGGGCUCGUCAAGUUACAGCUUCACUCCGAAUCUUUAAUUGUCUUGGAGAAAAGUUACCAAAAUUUCGAAGUAUUCUAUUUAUAUUUGCUGUAUAACGUGUGUACAUAAUUUGUGAAAACGAAAAUUGUCGAAGAUCGCGAUCGAUGUACGAGCGCCGAAACAUCUUUAUUUGGUCAUUCGAGCUGCUGUGCUUCAAUCACUCUCCGGUGAAGAUUUACGAAGAUUUUCAUCUGUAAAAAAAAAUGAGAGUUGGUUUUCUUUGAAGUUAUGCGAUGAAUUCUUUUCUCUCUCGCGCUAUGGAAUCUGGCUUGUAAUUUGGAGAUCUUUCUUAGACGUACAGUGCACGCUUUGAUCUACUGGAUUGGACUUGGUGACAAUUGCAGUGGUUGACUUCUAGUUAUUGGCGUGGUUGCUGUUUCAACCAAAUCAUGUCGCAGAGUAAUUGGGAAGCUGAUAAGAUGCUUGAUGUUUACAUUCAUGACUAUCUAUUGAAAAGAAAACUACAUGCUUCUGCAAAAGCCUUCAUGACUGAAGGGAAGGUUGCCCCAGACCCAGUAGCUAUUGAUGCGCCUGGAGGAUUUCUCUUUGAAUGGUGGUCCGUCUUUUGGGACAUCUUCAUUGCUAGGACAAAUGAAAAACAUUCUGAGGCUGCUGCGGCUUACAUAGAGACACAACAAGUGAAAGCAAGGGAGCAUCAACAACAGCUGCAAAUGCAGCAAUUGCAACUUAUGCAGCAGCACAAUGCUCAAUUGCAAAAAAGGGAUCCUAACCAUCCUUCACUUGGUGGUCCUAUGAAUGCUAUGAACUCCGAAGGAAUGAUGGGGCAGCCAUCAGCCAGUGUACUGGCCAUGAAAAUGUACAAGGAGCGAAUGAAACAUCCUCAGUCAAUGGAUUCAGAGACAUCUUCAGUUCUAAUGGAUGCCAAUAGGAUGGCCAUUCUCAAGUCAGCAACCAAUCAUCAAGGCCAGUUCGUACAAGGCAACUCUGGGAGCAUGUCUGCUGCUCUGCAGCAAAUGCAAGGACGAUCUCAAUUGACCACCGAUGUUAAAGCCGAAGUGAACUUGGGUGCAACUAAGAAAUCUUUGCCUAUGGAUCCUUCAUCAAUAUAUGGGCAAACAAUUUUGCAGUCAAAGUCUGGACUGGGCGGUGCAGGAUUGAAUCAAGGAGUCACUAGUCUUCCACUAAAGGGCUGGCCGCUCACUGGAAUUGAUCAGUUGCCUCCAAGUUUAGGUUUGCAAGCACAAAAGCCCCAUCUGCAGACUCAGAAUCAGUUUCUUUUGGCAUCACAACAGCAGCAGGUCGUAGCCCAAGCUCAGGCACAAGGCAACGUUGGAAAUUCACCCAAUUAUGGCCUUUCUGGAUUACCAAGGGGUAACUUGAAUCCAAAAGAUGGUCAACCCUCAAGAAAUGAUGGAUCUAUAUGCUCCCCUGUGCAAUCAAAUUCACCUAAGAUGAAGGUGGCCCAGAUGCAACAGUCUUCUUCUCAACAGCAAGACCAGCUGCAGCAGCAGCAGCUACAACAGAAUAACAGAAAAAGAAAACCGCACUCUGCUUCUGGAGCUGCCAAUAGUACAGGUACGGGAAACACAGUGGGGCUUUCCCCUAACUCUCCACCGUCUACUCACACACCUGGUGAUGGCAUAACUACUGCUAGCAGUAUGCAGCAUGUCAAUGGUGCACAGAAGAGCUUGAUUAUUUAUUCAGAGGGAACAGGGGGUCUUGCAUCAUCAAUGAAUCAGCUGGAUGACAUAGAACAUUUUGCUGAUGUUGGUUCUUUGGAUGAUAAUGUGGAGUCAUUUCUAUCACAUGAUGGAGGAGAUGGAAGAGAUUUAUAUGGCACGUUAAAGCAAACUCUUAAUGAGCACAAACCAGAAUCUUCCAAGGGUUUUUCCUUUGAGGAAGUUGGAUGCAUACGAACAAGAAAUAAAGUUACCAGCUGUCAUUUUUCCUCUGAUGGGAAGUUGCUAGCUAGUGCUGGACAUGACAAGAAGACUGUUCUGUGGAACAUGGAUACCCUGCAAACAGAGAGCACCCCAGAAGAGCACCAAUACUUAAUUACAGAUGUUCGUUUCAGGCCAAACUCUACUCAGCUAGCAACAGCUUCAUUUGAUAAGUCUGUGAGAUUAUGGGAUGCAGCUAACCCAAGCUACUGUUUGCAUGCCUAUACAGGGCACACUGCGCAUGUUAUGUCCCUAGAUUUCCAUCCCAAGAAGAAUGAUCUUUUCUGCUUUUGUGAUAGCAACUAUGAAAUCCGCUAUUGGAAUAUUAGCCCAUUCUCAUGUGCUCGUGUUUCCAAAGUCAGUUUUUUCAUACAGUACAUUUUGAGUUUCCCUUUUUUCAUAUUGCACAUUGUUUGAAAAUUCUUUUGAAGUAAAAUUGGAUCACGGCUGGUUAAUUGCUUCGCGUAGCAAGGAGGCAAUGCACAAGUGAGAUUUCAACCAGUGAUAGGACGUCAAUUGGCUGCAGCGUCCAAUAAAGUGGUGUCCAUAUUUGAUGUAGAAACCGACCGGCAAACUCAUGCUUUCCAGGAACACAAUGGAGUGGUAAAUUACCUGUGCUGGGAUCUUACAGGCGAUUAUUUGGCAUCUGUCACCGAGGAGUCUGUGAAAGUUUGGUCAUUAGCUUCGGGAGAGUGCAUUCAUGAGCUCAGCUCCAAUGGGAACCAAUUCCAUUCUUGUGUUUUUCAUCCGAGCUAUUCAACUCUCUUGGUGAUUGGUGGAUUGCGGUCGUUGGAGCUGUGGAGCAUGGCUGAGAACAAGAGCAUGACAGUUACGGCUCAUGAGAAUAUAAUUGCUGCUUUGGCACAGUCACCUGUCACCGGAAUGGUUGCCUCUGCAAGCCACGACAGCUCCGUCAAGUUAUGGAAAUAAAUUAUAUAUAUGAUAGAUGGUGAUAAUGGUUGAUGAUGCAGAAGAGGGUGUUAUUUCUCGGUGAUGCAUGCAGGUUUUCUAUUCUAUCAUUAUAAUAAAAUGUUUGUUGUCUAUAUUUGCUUGCUAAGUUGGAACUUAUUUUUACUGCCUUAAAAGCUUUUCUUUAUUGGGUUGAGCAUGUUGGAGAGCUGAGGAUGGAAGAUGCGAUAAAAAUAGUCAUUUUCUUUAUGGACUUACAAAAACUAGGUAAGACAAUCUAUAAUUUCUUGGGUAUAUAAUAGGGUGAUUUACAAGUAUACACAUAAUAGUAUUUUUUU